AUGGAAACAUAUAUGUGCAGUUGUGAUUGUGGAGAUGUUAAAUUAACAUUCCAAAUGGAUGAUAUUAAUCAUUCAAAGCAGGUCACUGAUCAUUGUAAUUGUGCUAUAUGUUUAAAGCAACGUGACUGGUGUAUUAGAAUUGAUAAUCCCGAUCAUAUCAAGCUGGUUUCACAUCAGAACACUCAGUCGCUGUACCAUCUAGGAACCAAUGAGAUAGAUCACUAUCUAUGCAAAAUAUGUGGAGUCAAGGUGUACAGUCAUUGCAAGGUGCCCAAUGUUGGAGAGUUCUAUACCGUCAGUGUACCAUGCAUUGUACACAGCCUAUCAAGAGAGCAACAGACCAGAUGUACCAGUCUCUCGCCAACAUCCUGCCCAGCCAACGUUGGAAUGUCAUUCCAUCACAACAUGGGUAGUUUCCCAUCAGAGAUUUCAAACUACCUC